UGAGGCGUGGGGCCGGCCGGGUAAAUAUAGACGCUGAAGGCGGCUCGGCGUCUUAAAAAGGACCAGCUGGGUGCCGACGAAACACGGGAAAAAGCAAGGCACGCAUUGCGAGUUUUCGUUGAUACUAAGACGCGCGGAGAGCAGCCAGCAUGUCCAAGAACGCGCCAGCGAUUGGCAUUGACCUCGGCACCACGUACUCCUGCGUGGGCGUCUUCCAACAUGGGCGAGUUGAAAUCAUAGCCAAUGACCAAGGAAACCGCACGACACCCAGCUACGUAGCCUUUACGGACACCGAGCGGCUGAUCGGAGACCCUGCCAAGGCGCAAGUGGCACUCAAUCCCGAGAACACUGUGUUCGACGCCAAGCGGCUCAUUGGCAGGAAGUACGAUGACCCGAAAAUUCAGCAGGACAUCAAUCACUGGCCUUUCAAGAUCGUCAAUCAGGGAGGCAAGCCCAACAUAUGCGUCGAGUUCAAAGGCGAGAAAAAGAUCUUCAAUGCCGAAGAAAUCAGUGCCAUGGUGUUGACCAAGAUGAAGGAAACUGCGGAAGCCUACCUUGGGUGUCCGGUGAAAGACGCCGUCGUCACUGUGCCUGCUUACUUCAAUGACUCGCAAAGACAAGCCACGAAGGAUGCCGGCGCUAUUGCCGGCUUGAACGUCUUGAGGAUUAUCAAUGAACCAACGGCGGCUGCACUUGCAUAUGGACUGGACAAAAACCUGAAAGGUGAGAAGAACAUUCUCAUUUUUGAUCUCGGAGGAGGAACUUUCGACGUGUCCAUUUUGACAAUCGAUGAAGGAUCCAUGUUCGAAGUACGAUCAACAGCGGGUGACACUCACCUUGGAGGUGAGGACUUUGACAACCGCCUCGUCAACUACUUUGUCGAGGAGUUUAAGCGGAAGCAUAAGCGUGACCUCAAGACAAAUGCACGCGCUAUUCGGCGGCUGAGGACGGCGUGUGAACGCGCGAAGCGGACCUUGUCAAGUAGCAGCGAAGCAAGCAUUGAGAUCGACGCACUAUUUGAAGGAAUUGACUUUUACAGCAAAAUAACAAGAGCCAGAUUUGAGGAAAUGUGCAUGGAUCUUUUCCGGAGCACUCUGGAACCUGUAGAAAAAGCGUUGCAAGACUCUAAGCUCAGUAAGUCGCAAAUACACGAAAUCGUGCUAGUUGGAGGCUCCACGCGCAUUCCUCGAAUACAAAAGCUUCUGAAAGAUUUCUUCAAUGGAAAGGACCUUGCCAUGUCGAUCAAUCCUGACGAAGCCGUAGCUUACGGAGCUGCCAUACAGGCUGCUAUACUGACUGGAGACACGAGCGACAUUAUCAAGGAUGUUCUGCUCGUGGAUGUAGCGCCGCUAUCACUGGGCAUCGAAACGGCUGGUGGAGUCAUGGCUAAGAUCGUGGAGCGCAACAGCCGUAUUCCUUGCAAGACGUCCAAGACAUUUACGACCUACGCUGACAACCAGACAGGAGUCACCAUUCAAGUUUUUGAGGGAGAAAGAGCCAUGACUAAGGACAAUCACCUUCUGGGCACCUUCGAUCUCAUGGGCAUUCCUCCGGCCCCACGGGGAGUUCCCCAGAUCCAGGUGACUUUUGACUUGGACGCGAACGGAAUUCUUCAGGUGUCGGCUAAAGACGAGAGUACGGGCCGCUCCGAGAGCAUUCGAAUCACAAACGACAAAGGACGACUCUCCAAGGACGAGAUCGACCGCAUGCUUGCCGACGCCGAGAAGUACCGACAGGAAGACGAAAAGCAGCGCGAAAGGGUGGCCGCACGCAAUAACCUCGAAUCGUACGUGUACAACGUCAAGCAGUCGGUCGAAAUGGUGGGUCCAGAGAAGCUGGACGCGGCCGACAAGCAAAAGGUUCUGAGCAAGUGCGAAGAGGUCAUCAACUGGAUCGACAGGAACACUCUGGCCGAGAAGGACGAGUACGAUGACAAGAUGAAGGAUAUGCAGCAGGUGUGCACGCCUAUCAUGACCAAGCUGCACCAGGGUGGUGGCCAGGCACCUCCCAACCAGGGAGGUGCUGCUGGCCCCAAGAUCGACGAGGUGGACUGAAUAGCGGUGGUUGUGCUCAUUUCGCUUCACCGUCCAUUUUUUUUACCAUCUGAAUUGUUGUCCGCUCAAGAGAGGAGAAUGAGAGCUACGUAACUGACGAAUGAAUCCCCCCUUUGGAGUAUACUCUCUGCCCACGAAAUCAGUGUUGCAUCAAGUUAUCCUUGCUUCCGUGAAGUCAGGGGCACUACUGCGCGCGUGGCGGUCAUUAAACGCGUAUUUAGAGUGAGCAUGCUCAGGCGUGCAUUCACAAAUAUCGAAAGUAGGAGGUUUGACAGCCGAAGCGUUUCAAAUAGUGCGUUGGAUCUAGCUGUCAAAAAUUUUGAUUAAUAUUUAUGGACUUUGAGUAAAACUGUGCUUCUCGGAAAAAGGCGCCUUUGCUGUGCGUUUUAUAUUAAACGACAAUGUCGCAAUUUACAGAAAAUUUGUGUCUCUGCACAUUACCCAAUGCGCAAAUAUUUAGGUCAUUACAGCUGCAACUUCUUAGCCAGUCUGCUUACGGUUAACCAUUUAUUAUGAAAAUUAGAAAUUAUGAAUUUUAAAGGUGUGCUAGGAUACGCCUUAUACUCCAUAACUUGCCCAACUGUGUUCUCGCUUGUGAUGUGGUGAAGUGCUGACUAACAAAGUCUCUAUUUCUCUGCAUCAAAGCUCAGUUUUGCAGCCGUUAAUAUAGAACAUGUCACUUUCUUACCCUGUCUUACUGUUUCUGGCUAGUACAUAUUUGAAUACUUGUCAACAAUGUAAGUGGCCCUGCACUAUCUAUCCCUGUUCUGCCAUUAUUUCUAGAAACGAGUAGGAAAACUGCGUAAGUGAGAUCGUUUAGUAUAGCAAUGAAAUAAUUCUUGAGCGUUUAUUUCACAAGCUUCCUAGAGAAGCUGUUUCCGAGAAUAUUAUCGUUAUGUACAACGUGUGAAGAUAGAUUGCAACAUGAACUAGUUGAAAUAGGAAAAAUUCCGUUGUUGAAGUAAGACAUUUUCGGUUUGGGGUUCUAAUAUUGGCUUACAUGAGGCACCAAUAUGCAGACUCGUUCUCGAAUCUCAACUUGAAACCUCUGCGGUGUGAAUGGGUGUUUCACCCUUUUCACAAGCAACAGGUUUUGUGUAUAUUUUUCUCGGGGUUAUUCGUGUUUUUGCUCAUUCUGGUGUUAUCUUUUACCAUGUCUUAUGGGAAUAUAAAAGUGAAUUAGUUGCAGCAGCAGUGACUGGAAUGUUGACAAAAGCACCAAACACUUGCUUAUCCCCCCCCCCCCCCCCGCAAAAAAAAAGUCCUUGAUAUGCAUAGAAUGCAAAGCUGAGAGUUCUGCACUCCAUUCUGUUAUAUCGUAAUUUGAUAUUAAUUAAAGUGAUGAAAAAUUACCCUGG